AUGACUAGAAAAACCUUAUACGAACUUGUACGCAAAUGUUCAGAGAAAAAUCUUGACAAAAAAUUAACGUACAUGGAAAACGAGCUGAUUCAAAUAACAAAAUGCCCGACAGGUGAGCACUUUACACUAAGGCGUAAUUUAAAAUAUUUUAAAUCUGAAUUUAAAAAAAAAUGGUCAGCUGCUAGCAAUAAAGAAAAACGGUUUUUAAAAAAUAAUGAAAAAUGGCUAAACACUUCCAUAAAAUUAGUUACCUGGACAACACCAAAACCGGGUCAUCCAGUAAAAGAUUUCGGUGAAUCGAGUGAUCGAAGUAAGAGACGUAAAACUAAGGGCAUAAGAGAAACUAUUUCUGCUGAUGAGUUGACUUUUGCAGCCAGUAUGAGUCAGCAUGCUGCAGGAAAUAUUGAUGUAUCUAAAAUGAUAAAAAAAAUAACACUUACACCGACUAGAGCAACAAAAUAUCGAAAAGUUUUAGCAUCUGUAGACAAAUCGAAAGAGAAAGAGCAAUUUAAAAAACACACACCAUCAGAGGCUUUAAGUAUAUUUGUAGAAGCUAAUUUAUCAAAAAAGCAAUAUGAAGUUAUUCAUGCUGCUAAUAAAAAUAUUUACCCUUGUUAUUCAUUAAUAAAAAACGCAAAACAAGAUUGCUAUCCAAAAAAAGAGUCGAUGAAUAUUACGGAAACAUGUGCAGAAGUCAAUCUACAAGAUUUGCUAGAUCAUACUUCUUUACGAUUGUGUAAAUAUUUGGAAGAAGUUAUAGAAAACUUAACAGAAGACGAAAAACAUAAUUUAGAACUUAUAUCGAAAUGGGGCUGUGAUGGAUCUCAACAGUCACAGUUCAAACAGUUAUUUGAGAGCAACGAACAUAGUGAUGCGAAUAUCUUCCAAAGUUCACUUGUCCCUUUGAGAUUAAUAUGCAAUAUUGAUGACAAAAAAAAAGUUGUAUGGCAGAACCCAGUUCCUUCAUCUACAAGAUUUUGUAGACCAAUACGCAUUCGUUUUUUACAUGAAACAGCGGAUAUUACUAAAGAAGAAAUCCAGUUUAUUGAAAAACAAGUAAGCAGUCUGAAUAAAUCUGACAUACCAACAGCUAGUGGUGUUUUAGUACAUAUAAAACAUAUAUUACUACCGACAAUGGUUGAUGCAAAAGUUUGCAAUGCAGCGACAAGUACAUCUUCUACUAUGAGGUGUUACAUAUGUGGAAAUACCUCGAAAAACUUUAAUAAUUUAAAUAUUGAAAAAGAAAUAAAUAAUGAUGCUUUGAAAUUUGGGUUAUCAAUUCUCCAUGCUAGAAUUAGAUUAUUUGAACAUAUUAUUCAUUUAGCGUACAAGCUCCCAAUUAAAAAGUGGCAAGCCAGAACAAACGAAGAUAGGAUGAUAGUAAAAGACACCAAACUAAGAAUACAACAUUUAUUUAAAGAACAAAUGGGUCUUCUAGUUGACAUACCUAAGGCAGGAUUUGGUAACACGAAUGAUGGCAAUACAUCCAGGCGAUUUUUUGCCGAUCCAGAUACAUCUUCACGUAUUACUGGAAUAGAUGUAAACAUAAUUAAAAGAUUUAAAAUUAUAUUAGAAGCAAUCUCAAGUGGUCACAGUAUAGAUGUAGAAAAGUUUGAAGAGUAUACUACAGAUACGGCUAAACUGUAUGUGCAAUUAUAUGGGUGGCACCCUAUGUCACCCACAUUACACAAAAUUUUAAUCCAUGGGGCUACAGUUAUUUCACAUGCGAUAGUACCUAUUGGUCAACUAUCUGAGGAAGCUGCCGAAGCAAGGAAUAAACACUUCAGAUUGUAUCGACAAAACUUUUCAAGAAAAUGUUCACGAGAGGCUUGUAAUAAUGAUGUUUUGAAGAGACUUUUGUUAAGUUCGGACCCAUAUUUGAGCAGCAUCAGACCAAAACCACAAAAAAAAAGUAUGCCUUUUUCAAGUGAAACAUUGAAACUUUUCCUCCCGGAGCGAUUAGAUGAUGUAUCACCAACAGAAGAUAUAAGCGAAGAAUAUAAUCAAAAAGAUGACGAAAUGGAUGAUGAGAAUUGUGACUAA